AUAACAAACGUGCCCAUUGCGACGCGGGAGAGAAGCACAGCAGCAAAGACAAAACGCUUCCAAGAUGCCGUGGCAAUCCGCGCCGCCGCUUGCCAUCAUCACGGUCGCCAUGGGCGGCGUAUCCGGGCUCAUGUCGUUGACGAACUACCUGACGGUCGGCCGCACGGACAGGCUCAUCGGCCUGGAUGACUUCGAUUACAUGCUGUUGAACCGCGACAUGCGCAUCCGCAACCCCCCGCAAGCCGCGGUGGACAGGAUGCUGGCGAACCCGGCGACGAGGUCUGCAUUGGAGAGGGCAAACGCCGACAUGGCAGCAGCCGCGAGCAAGCAAUAACGGUUACUUUCCCAGAAGGAGGGAGGGAAAGCUGCUGCCGGUGGGGCGCCCNNUGCCGAUGGGGCACCAGGGGGGGGGGGGGAAUGCGGUUCCACUUUGGCGGAUGCUGCUGGGCCUCAAAGCUGGGGUUCCAGGCAACGCUGCCGUAGCUUGAUUUAGUCGUCGCCGGCAGCCGCCACACAGAAGAGGCUCCGGCACAUGGAAUGGUUAGCGGGAAUUGAGGCAAGCACGUGUGAUACUACGCCGUUCGGAAAGCCCGGUGGUCGGAGCGUUAGAAAAUUGCGGGGGAACCUCAAACGGCACUUUUUGCACGGCUUAUCGGACGCUUUGCGUCUGAACGGGCUGGUACAUGCCCAUUUACAGCGAGUUUGCCUCUCCUGUUAUCUUAUGUUUUGUUUCGCCUGAAGCCUGCUUGCUUUGACGAACGGGUUUGGUUGCCCUUUCGCGGGGCGUCCAGCCUCAGAGCAGCGUUUCGCCUUGAAUUGAUCUUCCAUUCAUCGUUUGGAGAGGGCUUCGUUCCCCCUCAGCGGGGUCGUGGCUGAUGUCUUGAAUCCCAUGUUUCCGCUGCAUGAAGGGGUGAAGAGGUGAAGAAUUAUCGCCUGCGUGACGCGUUGCAGGCGGCUCGCCUUAGAACAGCGUUUUGCCUCGAGUACACCAUUUAUCGUUUGGGGAGGGAAUCGUCCCCCCUCAGCGGGGUUGUGGCUGACGUCUUAAAUUGAUUAUGUGAAUUGAUGUUUCCGCUGCAUGAAGGGGGGAAGAGGUGAUGAAUUACCGCCUGCGUGACGCGCUGCUGGCUUGAUUGACGAGAAGUGCCUGGUUUGGCAGAGAACUCGUCGUGAAAUCGCUAAAGAAAUAGUCAUUCGCCGAAAGAGAUUUCGAUCGCUGUACAC